AAAGGCACUCUGAUCACAGAUGAAUAUGCCACAAUAGUUACUCUGUGAUGCUUCCUGAGGAAGGAUGAAGGAAUAUCUCAUAAACUGCACAGUACAAAGCGAAUUUCACCUCCUGGCGUUCUCCAUCUCUUCAGGCUUUCAGCUUCUGCUCUUCAUUGGGAUCCUGGUAAUGUACUUACUGACAUUGCUGGGGAACCUGAUUAUCACUGGUCUUAUAUAUGUGACCCCACAGCUCCACACUCCUAUGUACUAUUUCCUUUGCAACCUCUCAGUGCAGGACAUCAUCUACGUCUCCAGCGUCCUUCCCAAAUUCCUCUCUAUCCUGGUAACAGGUGACACCAGAAUUGCCUUCCCAGCAUGCAUCACACAGAUGUUCUUCUUCCUGUUUUGUAUUGUGUCAGAGUUUUUACUCCUAACGGCUAUGGCCUAUGACCGCUAUGUUGCCAUCUGUAUCCCUCUGCACUAUAAAACCAUUAUGAGCAAUAAUGUGUGUAUUACUCUUAUUUCUGUCUCCUCACUAGUCUGCAUUUUUAAUUCAUUAAUCUAUGCAGUGCUGAUAUCUAAUGCAUCAUUCUGCAACUCUCAGGUAAUUAGUCAUUUUUAUUGCGAUCUGAAAGCCAUGAUAGCGCUCUCUAGUGGCGAUGUUACAGGCAUUAAGAUGUUUCUAUUUAUGGAAAAUGUAUUUAUGGGACUUACGCCCUUAGUGCUGAUAUUAGUCUCUUAUACAUGUAUAAUUGCUACUAUCAUAAAGAUCCGUAGCUCAGCAGGCAGAGUAAAGGCUUUCUCCAGUUGCUCAUCUCAUCUCACUGUUGUAUUAAUAUUCUGUGGGACAGCUCUCUUCUCCUACAUGGUCCCAGAUUCACAGGUGUCUCAAAAACAAGACAGAUUUCUCUCUUUGCUGUACACGGCGGUGGUACCAAUGCUAAACCCUCUAGUUUAUACUCUGAGAAAUAAACAGGUUUUGAGAGCCAUGGACAAUGUGUUGAAAAGAUACUUACAUUUUUAA